AUGAUAUACCCAGCCGUCGCUUCGCGCCUGGCGCUAGUCGUAUCAGCAGACUACACGAACGAGCUCGGCGCCCGAGCAGUAGGUAUCUACGGUACUGAAAAUGCCGCUGGCAUGACCGACAAGAGUUUGAUCAAGCGCAAGAAGAACCAAAAGGGCAAGGAUAAAACCAAGGUUGAUGAGUGCGCGCUCAAGGUUAGGAGUGCUAAGAAGGAUGAGACGCAAGAUAGGCAGAAGGGAAAGAAUAAGACAGAGCCGGAGCCUGCUGAGGAGGAGGAAGUUCAGGAGGAGGAGGAAGUUGAAGAUGAGGCUGAAUGUAAGGAAGCAGAGGAUGAGGUUGAGCAAGAAGACGAUUAG